ACCCGUGGGGUGUUUCGGUGCAUUUGUCCCCAUGAUGGGGAAGAUCAGCUACAUAUGUAGAACAUGGACUUUUAGAGUGUAAUGAUGAAAUUGCUAUUGUCUUGUAAAGCUACCCACUAGAUAACUUUAUAGAAUCAGAAGACUUCAUUUCGACUUUGGACUUUCCCAUAUGAUGGAGAUGCAACAAGUUUGAGCUGAAUGCAUGCUGGACGACCCAAUGGCCGAUGUGAUGAUUUCUGCCUUGGUUGUUUGUGAGGAGGACGAAACUCAUUUUGUCAAAGUUUUUUUCUCAAGAUGAGAUUAGUUUUGAGCAGGUGAUUAUUGUGUAUCGGAGAAAAGCAUGAGUCUGGACUUGAUUAGUGAUAGGGAUGGUUUUUCAGCGUUGGAAGAUCGCAUGGGUAUGGAUGCAAUUCCAGGCAAUGUGAGCCUCAUCAAGGACAAGCAGAACCUGAUUGGCAUCAGCAUAGGAGGAGGUGCGCCAUUGUGUCCAUGCCUCUACAUUGUACAGGUAUUUGAUAACACGCCUGCCACCAAGGAUGGUACUUUGGCAUCAGGGGACGAGAUAGUUGGAGUUAACGGCAAAUCAGUUAAAGGGAGAACUAAAGUGGAAGUAGCUCGCAUGAUACAAGCUAUCAAGUCUGAAGUGAUAAUCAACUAUAACAAGCUGCAUGCAGAUCCUAAACAGGGCAAAAGUUUGGACAUCGUCUUGAAGAAGGCCAAGCAUCGUAUGGUGGAGAAUAUGAGCUCAUCUACCGCCGACGCCCUGGGUCUUAGCAGAGCCAUCUUGUGCAAUGACGUGUUGAUAAAAAAGAUGGAUGAACUCCAAGGAACAUCAGUGAUGUACAAGGGUCUUAUGGAACAUGCUAAGAAGAUGCUUAAGGCGUUCUAUGACCUCUCUCAGACACACAAAUCCUUUGGAGAAGUCUUUUCUGUUAUCGGAGCUAGAGAACCUCAGCCAAAGGCUAGCGAGGCGUUUACAGUGUUUGCUGAAGCCCACCGGAAUAUGGAGAAGUUUGGCAUCCGUCUGUUGAGAACAGUCAAACCAAUGCUGACAGACUUGGGUACAUUCCUCACCAAAGCUAUUCCAGAUACCCGCCUCACAAUCAAGAAGUACGCCGAUGCCAAGUUUGAAUAUCUGUCAUAUUGUUUGAAAGUGAAAGAAAUGGAUGAUGAGGAGUACGCUUAUGCAACACUAGGGGAACCACUCUACAGAGUAGAAACAGGAAACUAUGAAUACAGGUUAAUCUUGAGAUGCCGUCAACUUGCCCGAGCUAAAUUUGCCAAGUUGCGAUCUGACGUCAUGGUCAAACUAGAACUGCUAGACCAGAAACAUGUGCAAGAUAUUGUGUUUCAACUCCAGAGACUCGUUUCGGCCAUGGCGACCUAUCUUCAAGACUGCCACAAGCAGAUGAAAGUCGCCGAGAUCUUCCCCAUCGAGGUUGAUCUCCUGCGCACCACCAUCAACUACGACACUAGUGAUCAGUUCAACGAUGAUGAUGAGGAGGACGAGGAGGAGGAGGUCGAUGCUGUUCUCGAGGCGGAGGAAGAUCUCAUCUCACCUGCAAGCUGAAUGUAGCUCCGUUUUAAUCAAUAAGCCACCCUUAAAGGAACACGUUGCCUUGGAUCGGACGAGUUGGUCAUUGAAAAGCGUUUGAAACCAUUU